CACACACACACACACACACACACGCGCACACACACUAACCCUCCUGGGAUGCCAACCCCUCCAUUGCUGGACAGCGGCAUGUCUGCCGAGGCGAUAUAAUCUAAAAACCAGACCGGGGAAUCUAUAAUGGAGCAGACGACGUGUUGACGGAGGUGCAUGAAAAAGUUUUCGCCUCCGCGUCGGGAUGAAUGAAGUACGCGCGACGAUAAACGCGCAGAGAGAAAUCUGAGUCAUUAAUAAUCCUUCUGAACAUUUGUGGGGAAGAUGAGGACCGCGAUGGCUUCGCUGAAAACAACAUUAUUCGCACUUCUACUCUGGGGGCUCCAGUACGCUGUGUGUCGCGAAGUAUUUCUUCCUCCUGGGACCCUCUACCGUGUGGCAGGGUUCCCCCUCUCCCUGCCAUGCUCUGUAUCAGGAUACGAAGGCUCACGUACGCAGGACUUUGAGUGGUUCCUGAUCAGGGACGAUGCUGGUGGGAGACAGAUGGGAGUAGUGUCCACCAGGGACCAGGGCUUCCCUUACACCCCUUUCAAGACCCGGGUGAGGAAUGGGGAGGUGAGGGUGGAGAGGGACAUGGGGGACAAAGUCCGGCUGGUGAUCCAGAGGCUGCGAGCUGACGAUCAGGGGAAGUAUGAAUGCUACACGCCCAGCACGGACACCACCUACCAGGGGAACUACAGCGCCACAGUGCCGGUUAAAGUGAUCCCUGACACACUGCAGAUCAGUUUUUCCCGCUCACUCACCGGCCAGCCCGUGCCAGAGGGGGCCGAAUUAACGCUGACAUGCUCAGCCGGCAUCCAAUCGGAGCAGCUCACCCAUCUGUCCAUCAUGUUUGGGAAGCGUCGUGCCGGAGAGGGUUUGGAGAGCGAAGCAGGAGGAGAGGUCGGCACCGUUACAGAGAUUAUCUCCAUCGACAAGCUGCUGGGGGUUGUCCCCGGACAUUUGUACAAGGAGCGCUACGACGAUGGAGAGAUCACGCUGGAGAAGAGGAACGGGGAGGCCGGAGUGGACGUGUACGUGAUGAAGAUGAGAGCGCUGCAGCCACAAGACUCCGGCUCGUACUUCUGUGAGGCCUCCCAGUGGAUUCGAGACCCGGAUCGAUCGUGGCAGAAGAUAGCACAAAGGAUGCUGCAUAUUGGCAACUUGACCGUUCAGCAACUGGCGGAGUCUCUGAGUAUAACGUCCUCGCCCAAGGGGGAGGUGACCCUGCAGGUCGGUUCCCCUCUCAUUCUGACCUGUGAGGUGUUGGGGCUGCCAGCUGAAGUAAACUCGGGCCUGCUGGUUCAGUGGAUGAAGGGAUCAGUGAGCCGCGAUGUAUCUGGGAGCGGUGGAGUCGAGGAGGAGGUGGAGGUGGCCCGGAUGAGCUCAGGCGGUGUUGUGAGCUGGGGGGACGACCUCAGCCGAGCUAGCGGGGGCUCUAUGGAGAAAGUGGCAGAGGGGAGGUACUCUCUGAAACUGUUCUCAGCCCAGCCCUUAGACUCUGGGGUGUAUCGGUGUGUGGUGAGUGUGUUUGCUGGAAGAAGAAACCCCAGCGUGUCAACUCCUGCAACACUUACCCAGAGGUCUGAGGGAGUCACCGUCAACCUCAAGAGCAAAGAUGUGCUUGUUGCAGCUGUGGCUCAGCUCCGUCGCGGCCCUCUUUUAAAAAGAGGCAGCACCAUCACCCUGAUCUGCAACGCCACCGUGACGACCACAGGUCCCGCCCAGGCACAGGUGCAGUGGCUGCGGUGGCCGAUCCCUGAACGAGUUAUCAAGAAGGUGCAGAGCCCAGUGUCUGAUGUUACUGUACCAGACCCCGCUGUGGAGACUAAUCCCAGACUGGUAGCUGCCAUCAUGUACGACGGCGUUUCAAAGAUCUAUGUCAACGGUAGUGAGGUUAGCGUCGACCGCCUGUCAGCUGGCAGUUACAGACUGAGGGUCCACACGGCAACAAUGGAGGAUCAGGGCAUGUAUGCGUGUCAUGCCCAGGCGUGGUGUCAGGACCCGCAUGGAGGCUGGUACAACACGGGGGCCGAAGCCGAGUCAAAUGCAGUGACUGUUUACCUGUAUGCCAGAGCGGCUGACCUCGUCCUCAUCCCCUUGGUUAUCGGAGUGUCCUCUGCCUUGUUCGUGGGCAUCGUCAUCAUCGCAACGGUAACCUGCUGCUUCAUGAAGCGACUAGCCAGGCAGCCCGCUCAAAAAUAGAUGUCCAGUCUCCGCCUGUCUGAAAUCUGAAUGUUCGCAAAGAGGCACAAAAGAGGUGAUGCACUGAACAUAAUGAAUGAAUCGGCAAAGAAACCACUUUCAGGAUAAAACUAAAAUGAAAAGUGACUCGCCCUGUUUGAUGUAUUAUUUCUUUUGUUUUGACCAAGCUGUUUAAUAAUGAAUGCCAAAAUAUUGUGUUUUAUAUUCUCUUGUAUUUUUAUAUCUGAGCGUGUUUUAGUUUUUGCUGCGUCUCACACCAGUAGGAGUAUUAAUAUAGAUUUUUGAAGCCACCAUCCUAUGGUGUAAAUACUUUUUCUUUAUGUUAGCUUAACCCACCUUUUUGAUGAUUCCUUUGUCCAAGCUUAGCAUUGUUUAAAAUGGAAAAGGGUACAAAUACCCAAGCUCAAAAGUAUAUAUAAGUACAGCAGGUUUAUUUUGAGUCUCUCAUAUGUCAGGUACCUCGUAGAUGAUGUACAAUGUGAAUUUUGUCUACAGAAAAAGCCAAGCAAACGGCCCUCUCAGCUGUCAUAGUUCGAUUGUUACAGUAUAAAGAGACCAAACGGUUUUCCGCCUGUAAUGGCUCUAUUUUCACAUAAAGAAUAUUCAUUGUUUUUACAAAGGGUUGAUUCUGUUCCAGUUGUUCCUUCCCUCAAACUGCAUCUAUUUUUCUUUUUCAAAAAAAUGUCUGCGUAUGGUUAGGCCUCUAGCACUGACAGUCACAUGAAUGCUGAUGUGAGCAGUUCAGCCUCCACAAACUUAAAAUGAGCAGAGACCUUCCACCGCCUGCAGCCCAGCAGCACUCUGCAUGUAAACAAGGUCUUCGUCUGUUACUCAUAUAAGGAAGGCGCUGGCUGGGGCCUUUCUGAUGCCAAGACCAUUUGAGUAUCAAUUCUAAACGCAAGCAUUCUUCGCCUGUGACACUUCAUGCUGAAGUGAGUUUUCUAUAAGGACUUGUAUAGAUUUGACAAAGAGAAAUGGAAGAGAGAUCCAUUAUGCACUGAGCUAAAAUAUGUAAAUAUUGUAUGGAGUUUAGCUGUUUUAUUUUUCACAAUGUGAGUAAGACUGUGCUGUCUUUGACAAAGCACCUGUGUUUAACAUUCUGCAGUAGUCUGCUCCUGUGAAGCACUUGGACACAUAUGGGAAUGGGACCAAAGCCCCUCGGUGUGCUUCUUUCACUUGGUUUUCUUCCAGCUGAAAAGUCACUUCUUUGCUCUAUUUGAGUGAAUACUUUUGAGUGUUUUUCUUUUCUUUUUUUGUGUGUGCAAUUAAUUGGUUCCUGUGCUCUUGUGACUGAGACAGGAAAACAGUACAAACAGAAAAGAGUCCUAUUCACGACACCGACAAACAGAACCGGUGUUGUUUCACACUGAUUAGCUAACUUGUCCCCAAGGUUAACAUCUCCUUAGCAGCUCAGUCAUAUGGCCUGAUCGUUCAGUGGAGUCUCGCUAUCGUCGUCAUCAUAGUCGUCAUGGGGUUUAGGCCACACAUUUAUGCAGCCAACUUAUGACUGCUAGUCUCCAGAAAUCUGUUGGACAGAUUCACUGUGUCUGCACACUUAUGAGGGAAAUCCAUCCUCCUCUUCCUGUCCAAAGUAACACUUAAAAGUUCUUUGACCACUUAAAGUUAGAUACAUGGUUGAUGAAAGGAGGAAGAAAGUAAAAUAUGUCGUGAACCAGCUUGUGGGCAGUUCAUUUUUAGUAAUUAGUUUCCACUUGGCUAUACUUUGCUGUCUCAGUCUGUCUCCUGGUGGAUGGUCAAUGUGAGAGUCCCUCUAAAUCUGCCUGUCCUCUUUAACCUGUGCGCCAUAAACCCCUGAUUAUAAAUGUUGUUCACGAACAUUAGGGAAUAAAAUCACAGUACUUUUUUUUCCAUUUUUUUUUUUUUUUUUCAGAUCUACUCCUUAAAGCUGAUUUGUUCCCCCACAUAUUGCCCACACAUGAUAACAUAGUUGCACACAUACACGGACAGAUGCACCAGCACGCACACAGCAGCGGCAGCAGCAGUAUUUAUGGCUGGCAUUUCAGAUGCAAGAUAGUGAGUAACUGCGUGUUCAUCUCUAAUCUCUAUUUAUGGCUGCAGUUUUUGUCCUGCUGCCCUCCCCCUCGCUCUCUCUUUCUGUGUUACAGAGUCAAUUUGGCACUCAUUUUGAUUCAUUUCAAUCUCUAUUUCCUGAGAAAUACAGCCGGCUGUAGAAAGUGUAGCACAUAGCGUGCAAAGCGGCUGUCUAAGUUGUGCUUUUGUUUGAGGAUGUAUAAAACCCUUUCAUGAAGGGGUCAUGUUUUGUUUGGACCGUUUACUCGUGCUUUAAGACCACUGUUCCUGAAUGCAUCUUGCUGCCAUUGAACUAUACACAGUUUCUUAUGGUGCUUUGGCGAACCUGCCAGUUGUAAAACCAAUAAAACCACUCUGUAUUUAUAACA